AGCGGGAGCGGAAGUGUCAGGAGGAGAAGGCGGCGGCCGGCCGUUUGGUUCACGUUAAAAUGACGACCCUAGUGCUGGAUAACGGAGCCUACAAUGCCAAAAUCGGUUACAGCCAUGAAAAUGUGUCGGUAAUUCCUAACUGUCAGUUCAGGUCAAAAACAGCACGUCUUAAAACUUUUACUGCUAACCAGAUAGAUGAAAUAAAGGACCCUUCUGGACUCUUUUACAUCCUUCCUUUUCAGAAGGGCUACUUGGUGAAUUGGGAUGUUCAAAGACAAGUUUGGGAUUACCUUUUUGGAAAAGAAAUGUAUCAGGUUGAUUUUUUAGAUACCAAUAUUAUUAUUACAGAACCAUACUUUAACUUCACUUCAAUUCAAGAAUCAAUGAAUGAAAUCCUGUUUGAAGAGUAUCAGUUCCAAGCAGUCUUAAGAGUAAAUGCUGGUGCUCUCAGUGCACAUAGGUAUUUUCGAGAUAAUCCUUCCGAAUUAUGCUGUAUCAUUGUAGAUAGUGGAUAUUCCUUUACACAUAUAGUUCCUUACUGUAGAAGUAAAAAGAAAAAAGAAGCAAUUAUUCGGAUAAAUGUGGGAGGAAAACUCCUAACCAAUCAUCUAAAGGAGAUCAUCUCUUACAGGCAGCUACAUGUUAUGGAUGAAACACAUGUGAUUAAUCAAGUGAAAGAAGAUGUGUGCUAUGUGUCUCAGGAUUUUUAUAGAGAUAUGGAUAUUGCAAAGUUGAAAGGAGAAGAUAAUACAGUAAUGAUAGACUAUGUUUUGCCUGACUUUAGUACAAUUAAAAAGGGCUUUUGUAAGCCAAGGGAAGAGAUGGUGUUAAGUGGAAAAUAUAAAUCUGGGGAACAAAUUCUUCGUCUGGCCAAUGAGAGAUUUGCUGUUCCAGAAAUACUCUUUAAUCCUUCUGAUAUAGGCAUUCAAGAAAUGGGUAUUCCAGAAGCUAUUGUCUAUUCAAUUCAGAACUUACCUGAAGAAAUGCAGCCACAUUUUUUUAAGAACAUUGUUUUGACAGGAGGAAAUUCCCUUUUCCCCGGAUUUAGAGAUCGGGUUUACUCAGAAGUUCGAUGUCUCACUCCAACAGAUUACGAUGUUUCAGUUGUGCUGCCUGAAAACCCUAUUACUUACGCCUGGGAAGGUGGAAAAUUGAUAUCAGAGAAUGACGAUUUUGAAGAUAUGGUAGUAACAAGAGAAGAUUAUGAAGAAAAUGGACAUAGCGUCUGUGAAGAGAAAUUUGAUAUUUAAGAAACAUUCUGAAUUAAAGUUUUGACUGGUUGUGAUUGAAAGGUUUAAUUUCAAUUAUCUUUUAAAAGUAGGUUAAGGACCUGUGUUACCUUUCAUCCUAAGAUAAGCUCUUAAACUUAUGUAAAUACUUUGAUCCUUGGCUAAUUUUCAAAGGUUUCUUAGCUACAUUAUUACAGUAAACUGUAUCUCAGCUCAUAUUUUCAUUUAGGAGUUAGACUACCAUAACAGUGCUCACGUUGUUCCUGAGAGUAGGUUAGCUUUCAUUAGAAGAUGAAAGAGUGAGUGCAUUUUAAAUUUAAGUCCUUAUAGCUGAGAACACGAACAUACCUGUCUCACUGGUCAGUUUUCCUUGGAAGGCUGUUUUGUGUGACUUUGAGUAGGGAGGGAUUAGCUAAAGUGUUCUCUGGCUGAUAUGAUUUCUCUUUUAUAACUUUUAUCUAAAAAUUGUCAUUUUUGUUUAUACAUACUAAAGUUGGGAAGACUAAUCUUAUUUGUGUUUUACAUUUAUUUUUUAUUUAGAAUAAGUUGGAAAGGGUGGAAACCAAAGCCAGUUUAUUAAAGUGCUUUUUGAUCAG